AUGUGGCACUUACGCCUGUCAGCCCAUUGCUUGCUGUACAGAUGCGAGGCAGCGCACUCGGCUACACUCCGUGCCGGCUGCGACCGAGACCAGGCUCAAGCCAAGGCACAGGUCGCUGCGAGUCGGGCGGCGGUGGCUUGGGGCAUGCAAGAGGAGGAUGCCAUUUGGACCACGGCAUUUUGCACGGGGAAGCUCACGUGUGAUUUAGCAGUAGCUGACGGCUUGCAGCCGCAUGAGGUGGCGCAGAUUGCCUCAAGUGCUGCGAGCCAGAUGGCAAGGGCAGAAGCCGAACGAGGAAUGCAAGGCCUGGAGGACGCUGCGAUGGAGGCUGGCAAGGCUGCGGCGAGGGUUGGGCUGGAUCUGGGCAUGGGCGAACAGACCUCCUACGAAGUUGCAGCAGCCACUGCCGCAGAGAUGGCGGAGGGCCUCGCUUCAGCUGCAUGGAAGCGAGUCAUGGAGAGUACACUCUGGAUGUGUGGCUGGCAGUGCCCUCACAACAGCUCCCGUGACUUGCGUGUUGACCUUGCCUGA